AUGGCAUCAUUAGCAAGACCCCGAGCCAACAGCGAAAUGAUAUCGGGAAGCAAUGGCGACAACAGCAACAAGAGCACCAUGUCGUCGUCGUCCCACAACCUUGGUUGGAUAGCCGAGGCAUUUCUUCAGUACACACUGCCGGUCAAUCUCAAUCAUGAUUCGGUGUGUCCCGAUGGCAGUGGGUGGACCCAUCGGAUCCAGUCUCGUUUUCUUGGUGUCGCAUCGCUCAAGAUCGGAUCAAUGUUCCUCCCCAAUAUGGCAUCCUUUUACGAGAUCACCGAGUCGGAAAUUUCAGAGAUCGCGUCCUCAUCGUCGAAACGAUCGUCGCCUCUUCAAGAGUCCUCCGACAGUAACAAUGACCCGGAUAGUUGUGUGGAUGCGUUGCUCUCGCUCUCGACGGCCGAAAUUUUUUUGGGUCGCUCUUCGCCCAUGGCGUUGCCGCCGAAAAAGAGAAAGCGGCGACGCGUGAUCCGUUAUGAUGUGGUCUUUUGCUUGGAUACGCCUGCGUCAGUGGAUCCGUCGCCGGAUCGAGAGUACUUUUUGUUUCCUCGGGAUGCGGUCGUAGAGGCUGUGAAUCAGGCUUCUCCAUUUGAGGUCCUCGUAUCCUAUCAUCUUCCCAAAUCAUCCGAAUCAUCCACCUUGCAUUCCAUGUGUUUGUGUUCAUGUACAUGUAACAAUAGUUAUCCAUCCAAACUGGAAGAAUUUGCAGCCGUCUGCUCCUCCUCGGACCACUUUUCAACGACAUCAUCGGCAUCGGCGUCCUUAUUCUCCUCACGUCGCUCUUCGCAACGUCGACUAACGGAUCCGGGAUUGUUGUUGUGGAAACCCGAUUGCCAUGUAUUAAAUAUGCAGUUAUCCGGGGUAUCCAGGGAUAUGUACAUUGCUAUGAAACAAAGCGUAUCUGGGUUUGAGACUGUAUGCCAGCGUACCAUGGAACUGAUGCGGUUACAUACUGAACGAUUAACAUGCGAGAAAAAAGAAGAAGCCGCUACCAUUCCAAUGGCGCUGACUAAAACAGAAAUCCAAUCGGAAGAGGAGGAUAUGUAUGACAAACGGCCACUCCCAUGGAGCAGUGACGAAGAUUAUGAAGAUGAAGACGUUGAUGAUGAUUAUCAGGACACGGAUUUCUGCAUGACGUCGCCGCACAGCAAGUCAUCCUCAUCUGCACGGGAUUCGCCCCCCGCAUCUUCAACGACCCUUUCUUCUUCUGCUACUACUACUACCGCCAACAACAACAACAACAACAACCACAACAGCACCACCGUUCCCGCCACUACUACUACUACUACUGCUGCUGCAACACCUACUACCACCACCACAAGUUCAUCAAAACGAAAUACCAACAGCAAUAACUCUUCAUCACUGAAAAAAUGUUUGUAUUGUGGAUCAAAAUCGACACCCAUGUGGCGUCGAGGACCGCAGGGUGCAGGUACACUCUGUAAUGCAUGUGGAGUCAAAUGGAAACAUGGCAAAAUCUUGUGCGGAAACGAUUCGGGGCCACUAGCAUCAUCUUCUUCAGCAUCAGCAUCAACACCAUCAUCAACAGUUCCUUCCACAACAACCUCUUCGUCAAGGCGACGGAGUUCAUCUAAUAAGAGCAGUAGUAGUAAUAAUGAGCGAAAACGAAAGACGACAACCAAGAAGCGAAGCAAGGCAAAAGAACAACGGAAUAAACAACAACAACAACGGCCGCCACCGCCAUCAUCAUCAUCAUCAUCAGCUAUCAUCAUGGCGGAAUCGGAGGACGACGAUCUGAUGACUGGUGUUGUCCACUAUACCACAGCAAGUCCAUCCAUUCCACGGAGUAUUGGUGGUGGUGCUGCCUCAUCUUGGGAACCACAACACGCCAGCAGUCUUUCCUCUUACUCGCAAUCACUCGAUGACACUACCUUUAGCCCGCUUGAAUCCUUCUCUUCAUCUCCCAACUCUUCCACAUCCAUACAUGAUUCGAUGAUGCUCGACAAGUACUCUGCAGGUGUUGAUGCUGUCGAAGCUGCUACCGUCUUGACCUUGUUGAAACGAAGCUAG